AUCUUCAUCUCCCACGAGAAAUCCCACGGCCAUCAGUGAACACAAGCCCUCCAGCAGCGUGGUGUGUCCACAUAGCACUCUCAGCUUCAUUAAGGCGCCGUCUGGAAACAGGAGGGGAUUUAGGCUAGAGACUCAGGCUUCUCCUUGGGCUACCCUGACAGAAGUAUCUAAUGACUCAGAGAACUUCAAACUCUUUGAAGCCAAGGGCACACAAGUAUGUGUGUUAAAUUUUUCCUGUUUUUGGAAACAUGUUGGUUGUCUUUAUAAUCACACUUUUUAUUCACAAAACAAUGUUUAUUACUUACUGUUGAAAAGGAUGUCAAUGGAAUGAAAUAAGAAUUGUGAUUAAUCUCAUAAUUUCAUUUGUCUUUAGAAAGCAUAAUGGAAAAUUAAGCAUUAAGAUUAUACAAUUCUGUAAAUGUGAUAAUAAAUCCUAAACAUUAUUUAAUACAUGAACAGCUCUAAAUAUAUUUUGUAUUUUUUUUUUCCUCAUUUUUUUUUUUCCAAUUCCCCUCUUGUGUCUUAAUCUGAAAACUUUCCGUCUCUUUCUUUUACAUUUUUCUUCUGAGAUUUAUUUUCAUUUUUCUUCUGUGUCAUUCAUUUUUCAAUACUCAGUAAAAAUCCUUAUUUUAUCGAACAUGUAUUUAGCCUUGAAAAACGGUUGAAUAGUCUAGCUGUUUUCAUGUUUUAUUCGCAUUAUAACGCUACCAAGUGGUGAAUCGCCCCGUAUUUUUUGUGUGACUACAGAAUGAGCUCAUACAUGAGUAUAACAAGUUUGGUGAAAAUAUCUUAUCGAAGCCCAAAGUAGGCCUAAAUGUUCACUCAAACAUAAAGGCGGAGAAUACACACUAGCACCUCCCACGCACGCCUCUAUUGAGCCAACCUUCACUCUCCUCUAAGCUUGAGGACUCGAAGGUAACUUUGAGAAGACUGCUGAAAAGUUAAUAGUAACUCAUUGUAGUCGUUCAAUAAAAUAAUAGUUCAAAAAUGAACGACAUGAAGUCUGAAUCUGAAGCAGCAGCUCGUGGAUUGAAGUCUUCAGUGUGACGCGCAACGCGAAAUCCAAAUGGACAGGACGCGCAGGUUCAUUUUGGGAAUAAUCACAGCUGUUGUCCUAUGCAAAUACUCCCAGGCUGAAUGGAAUACCACAAAAGCACCAGCGAAUAGGACUGUGUCCUGCAGGCACCAUGACAACAGCAGCAAUUGCACAGAUUCAAAAGAUGACCACACUUGGGGUGGGCACUUCUCGGAGUGUCCAAAAGAAUACCAGCAUUACUGUAUCCAAGGCGUUUGCCGUUUUGUGAAAGAGCAAAACACUCCUUCAUGCAGAUGUGAAACAGGAUAUAUUGGGACAAGGUGUGAAUAUCUUGAUCUUGAUUUUCAUGUGGGAGAACGAAGAAAAAUAGUCAUCGCAUGUGUGGUCGCAGGAUUGGUCUUUCUGAUUCUGCUCAUCAUCUUCAUAUGCGUCUGUACACAUAAACGUUAUAAACCAUGUAGAAAGAAGAAGAGAAAAAAGGAAACAAGUGAUGAAGAGGCAAAACUCAGUUCACUAAACACACAUGAAGCUUUAGCUGCACCAGUCGACACAUCUGACACUAAUGCUGUAUGAAUGAAACAGUGAAGUGAUCCUGCCAGGGUUGGUAAUGGCCUGGAAAUGUGGACUUGCAGAGUGAUGAAAGUAGUGCUUUACAGCAAUCCUGUGUGUACUUUAAAAGAAUUUGGGAGAUAUGUUGUGUCAGGCAACCUUUGCCAUUCUGUGUGCUACUGUUUACCUCAUUCUUCAUGCCACAAAUGAUUUUCACACUUUUCAGGAAAAAGUGUAGAUGAACUGAACAAAUAUGCCUUCAGAGUGGCUGUAAUGACAAAGUGUAUCAUAAUUCAAAUAUAUGAAAACAAACAAAGCCUAUCCAUGUUGGUUUAGAUAUAGGCCUAUUUAUACUGCAUAUGAAGCACAGAAUAUUGAAAAAAGUUUCCGUAUAAUAAUAAAUUGAAAAUUAAAUAAUAAAUUGUCAUAUUGACAGUUUCAACUGUUUCUGGAAGUAGUUCUCCUGACAUUGACGGACCAAAAUCUACUCUUAACUUUGAUUUAUUUAUUAACAUGUAAAUAGAAAAGAUUUUGCUUUCUUUGAUUUUAAAAGAAUAUAUUAAGUAAAUUUUGGAGAAAAAUUACCAUGUACAAUGUAUUUUUGUUUUCUUUAUUGAGCUUUUUUGACAGAAGUAUUAGCCAUAAUAAAUAAAAAAAAAAAAGUUUUACAAUCAUAUGUUUGGUCAAAAAUAUUUAGUGACAACAAAAACUUUUUUUUUUUUUCAUGAAAAAUGAGAAUAACUUUAUAUAUUUGUGUUUUGUUAAGUACAGUUUGGAAAGAUUUAAUUUGUUGAUGUAAAGUUAGAUAUAUGUUGCACAUGCUGUUCAGAUUUGUAUUGUAAGCACUUAACGUUUUUGAGAUUUUCUUUAAAUGCAAAGCUGUAUUUACUUUAUACCAUACAAUGUCUUUAUAAAGUAAUUCACCUGAGUAUUUUUAUUUCUCUUAUGUUAUAUUACACAAGAAAGUUUGAUUUUCAGUGGGUUUUAUGAGAUGGAUUUUUGUGAUAUUAAAAUGCUUGCAUUAUGUUCUGUAAACAAGGUGAAUAUGGCAUAUAAGCUGAUUAUUUUUCACGCCAAGGUGGAAAAUGUCCAUGGAAUGUGCAAAGGUGCUUAGUUAGAAUAAACUGUCUACCAACCCUGCUUCCAAGAAA